AUGGCGCCAAAGUUGAAAGAGAUACGGUUGUUGUUGUCUAAAAUCCAACUAAAUGUUGAGGAACUAGCAACUAGCAUUGACGAAAGGAACCAUCUUUACGCUUUGGGCCUAGCGCCCUCGAGUGAUGACAAUAAUGAGUUGGCGAGUCUCUUGAGUAAAACAAUGGGGUAUUUCAAAACUAUUCAGCAAGACAUGUUGCAUACUAAAGACGCGGCUGUCAACGAUCAAUUCGAUGAUCUUGUGAAGCUGUAUAAUGAAGCACUUGCGGAAAUGCAAUCUGAUCCAAGCGUAAACGUUGCAGAGUAUCAAUACGAAAAACCGGUAAUUAAUAGAGUCCGUUUCAAUGAUGUCACAACUACCUUCCAGUCUUAUCAAGAUGUGUCUCCUGAGCCGCAACUAGAAUCGGAAUCUGCAUUGAAGUAUUCCCCAGAGUCUGAACCACAAACCGAAACAGAAGGAGAGUCUGAAGCAGAGUUGGAGCAAACUAAUCAUCAAAUGUUUGCGCAACACCAACAAACCAUGAUGAGACAGGACCAAGACCUUGACUUAUUGCACGAACUGAUUACGCGGCAAAAUCGUAUGGGACAUGAUAUUGACCAAGAGUUGAACGAACAUUUGAUAAUAUUAAAUGAUCUAGAGGAAGGAACAGACAAUUCUCAGUUGCGAAUGCGUAGAGCAACAACAAGAUUAAACAAGUUUAUACAAACAGCGAGAGAGAAUGGCAGUUUGUUAUUGAAUAGUGCACAUGAUAGUAAUAUCAAUAGAAACCCCGACGCUAAAAAGGCAGAUAGAAAUAUUAUUUUGUUUAACGGAUUCAUUAUAACGGACCUACCAAGGAAGAUUUAA